GAUUUUUUUCUGACUGUGACUCAUAUUCCGGUGAAAAUCUUCAUGAUUAUUGGAACUGUGACUCCAAAAACUCCUAUAACAUCUGUCGUAGAUAGCUGUCAGACGCCUAGCCUAACGACAUCGUCGGUUCCUGUAUCUUCAGGUUCUGAGAAUACUAGUGGUGUGCUUCUUAGCAAUUUAUGGACUCAGCUUGACCACAUUCAAUCUACAAUUCCGGACAGAUUAUCGGUUGCUAUGUUAGAGAGUGCUGGUGUGCAAAUGGAAAACAGCGACCCACGACUUGCCCGUUUAAUCAGUCUAGCUGGUCAAAAAUUUCUGACUGAUAUCCUUUCUGAUGCUAUGCUUCAUUGGCGCCUUGCAAAUGGACAACCUACUGGGCUGCUAAACCAUCCUAGUGUGUCCACAUCUAUACCAGGUCAAGCAUCUAAUCCGUCCUCAAUAAAUCCUAUUACAACACCAACGAGCAACCCAAGUCAGUCUAUUCCACAAUCGCCAUCAUCUACUUGAUCUUCUUAGCUUUCUGCUGCCAGGUUUUCCAUUUCCGACCUGUGUUACAUACUACUUAUGUCUGUCGACAUAAGUAGCAUACAUCACAGUAUAAUAAAAUGGUUUUGAUUGUCUGUUUUUAUAGCUUCAUCCCAAACAAGGUUCUCGUUGAAGAAUAAUGUAUUGAUAGUGAUAUUUGUUUUCCUCUUGUAUUAUAAUAUACAAACCAGUCUGUUUGCUUUUUAAAUGUAAAACAUGGGUAAUACUAAUACUAUUAAAUUUUGUUUUAAAUUCGCACCAUUUAUGUCGACAGUUACAGAGGAAUCAAUUUCACCAAUACAGUGCCUAGAAUAUUAGCCCCAAUAAUGAUUCGACAUCUAACUAGAACACGUGAAGAGUGAACUCGAGAAAAAACAGACUGGUUUCAGACAUGGACGUGGAUGUAUAAAUGCAUAGACCAACUUUUCACCCUUCGGCAUAUUCUGGAACAUAAACAUCCCUUUCGACAUCUAAUAAUGGUUGUAUUUCUUGAAUUUAAGAAGGCUUUCGAAUUUGUUGAUCGUGAGGUUCUGUGGUAGUGUUUGCCAUUGAAAGGCGUACGAAGGAAGCACAUUAAGCUUAUACAGGGUCUCUACUCAUAUCAUACUGGUCGGGUCAAAGCUUAUGGUGAAUUGUCAUCAGAAUUGGCUGUUUCAUGUGGUGUUUUUCAAGGUUGUCCACUUUCCCACUCACUUAAUUUUUCCAUAGAUGGACAUGCUUUUAGAAACAACGCCCAUAGUCUGACUUUUCAGGAGUUGAUCUUCUACCAGGAGAUUCACUUGCUGAUUUAGAAUACCUAGAUGGUAUAGUUCUGUUUGAUGAAGAUGCUAACAAAACGCAGUCUUUUGACCACAUUUAGCAACAAUGCAAGCAUGUGUGGGAUGUGAUUCUCUCGCCUUAAAUGUAAAAUUUUACUUCUGAAUUGGCUUGUGUCAUCGCCUGAAUUAAUGAUAGGGAUUAAAGUAGUUGGACGUAUUGACCGCUCCAUUUAUCUUGAGUCCCAUCAGUCUAGAUGGUCUGGUGUCUGAUGAAAUCUCUAUGCGGAUUCAGAAGGCUUGACUGACUUUUGCCAACUUGUGUCACUCGUGACUUAGGCGAGAUAUCCGUCUUCUAACGAAAGGGCGAGCUUACUGCGCAUCGGUUCGCUCCACCCUACUUUAUGGGUGUGAAACAUGAGUACUAAGAAUAGAGAAUAUUCGUAGGUUACUAGUGUCCGAUGAUAGAUGUCUCCAAAGGAUUGCUUGAGUAUUUUAGGAGCACUGAGAAAGCAAUGCCUGGAUUAGGAAAAGGAUGCUAGGAAAGGAUGAAAAAUCUAUUGAUAAGGUGGUAAAUCUUCAUCAACUGAGGUGGUUGCGAGAUGUGUUACGUACCCCCAACCACCGCCUACCUUAACAGGCGAUAUUGUGUGGUGUAGAAUUAGUCCGGGAGAAAGCUAGGGGCGGCCAAACAAAAAUACAACAUUAGUCCAUAAAGUCAUUGACUGUUGGAUUGAGCCAUACUCGAUAGGUGAAGACUACUUGGUUAAGGUCUGUGUGAUUAUCGUAACCAGUUGUUAGAGACUUGCACGACAUGGUUCAAAAUGAUUCUCUGUGGUUCAGGUUCAUCUAACCUUUGUUUUACCUUGCAUAGUAAUUAAUAAUUUUAAUUAUGGUAAUUCAUUUUAUUUUUGCUUCACUCUCAUACACUUAUUUCCACUAAUUUUUUUUCAUUAUACUCUACUGUCUUUGCAGCCUUAUUUUUAUUAUGUUGCGUAGAUAUGUUUUGGUGCCGCAUUUUACAAUUUUUUGUGCUUAAAUACAUAAACUAUUCAUUUAAACAUCACUUGAGUUUAGCCUGCUUUUAAUCUUAUAGUAAAUGAUUGAAAAGCAGUUGUGAAUUUCGUGUCUGUAUGUAAGUUAUCGCGAGUAUUAAAGAAUAUGCAGUUGACAAAUUCUGGAUUCAUGUUGCCUAUCUCAAAGUGUUUUAUAUCAAUCUAGGCCGACUUAGAUUUUAUGUCCCACUUUCUAUGCAUUUACAGUCGUGCAACUCACAAAUCUUAGUUAUGUUUCUACGGAUACUGCUAAAUAACUUUUUGUUAAGUCAACUUUGUUUUUGUUAUGCAUCUCUCCUUUGAUAAGUGUUGUGCAAGGUAUACUAUAGUUAGAAUUCAUAUGUUUUCGUCUAUUAAAGUGUCGGUGUUUUAAACAACACAUACAUUAUUCGACAAAUCAUUAGUUAUCUCGGUUUGGAUAAAUCAUUAUUAUCCCAUCCUUAUAUGAUCAAUAUCGUUCAAAGACCAUUGCAUUAUGGUCUACACUUGAUUACUAACGUGCCAUUAUUUCGAUUAAAUUUCUCAGUAGUUGUUUGUAUAGUUAAAUAAGGAAAACUUUUUCCCCUUGAAAUCUGGAAUAUUUCAAUUCCGGUUGUUUAGAAAAAAGGCUCUAAAUGCCCUGGUACGGCCGAGAGU